AUGUCGUCCAUCGAAGAGCUCGUCAUCAAGGGCAUCCGCUCCUUCUCACCCGACGGCCGAGGGAGCAAGAUCCGGUUCUACACCCCCCUGACGCUCAUCGUCGGCCACAACGGCGCCGGCAAGACUACCGUCAUCGAGUGCCUCAAGUAUGCCACCACUGGCGACCUGCCUCCCAAUUCCAAGAGCGGCGCAUUUAUCCACGAUCCCAAGAUUGCCAAGGAAGUCGAGGUCAAGGCGCAGGUCAAGCUGCUCUUUCGCUCGGUGGACGGCAAGGUUAUGGACAUGACCCGAUCGCUGUCGCUGACCCAAAAGAAGGCCACUGUCUCUAUGAAGACGCUCGAGAACAUCCUCCACAUGGUCAACGAGCACGGGGAGGUAAAUGGCCUGGCCGUGGCGAGCAGAUGGAACUCGGCCGAUCCAGAAAUCAGCAUCAGCAACCGCUGCGCCGACAUGGAUGCCGAGAUGCCCGAUCGCUUGGGUGUUUCCAAGGCCAUCCUGGAGAACGUCAUCUUUUGCCACCAGGAGGAUUCGUUCUGGCAAGUUGACGACUUUGCAGCAGCGCUGUCCUCUCAGCCGCUCUCCGAGCCCUCGGUCUUGAAGAAAAAGUUCGAUGCCAUCUUUGCGGCGACCAGAUACACCAAAGCAAUCGAGAACAUCAAGGCCCUCCGAAAAGACCAAGCCGUCGACCUCAAGCUCGAUCGACAGCGGCUCCAGCACCUUGGAGAUAACCGAGACAAAGCCAACAAAACCCGGGUCCUGCUUAGCGGCAUCCAGACAAACAUUCGCAUCGCCAAAGAACGGUAUGACCGAAUCGAAGGGAGCGAAAUCAACGUUUUGCUGCAGCAGCUCAAGGACUAUGCAGCCCAAGACAGCCGCACAGAGCAGCUUCGGCUCGAGAUCCAGACUUUUGCAAAGGAGCAUGAGAUGGUUGUGGCGAGUAUGGAGGGCAUGAAGGGCACGUUCGAGGAGUACGCCGAGUCGGACGAGGAACUGCAGGCACUGCUCCGGACCUACAGCGAGCGCAUCACAAAUGAGAAACAAGACCUGGAAGAUAAGGAGCGGCAGAAGGCUUCUGCGACCGCCGAGCUAUCACAUCUUCAGCAAGACAUGUCGCUCAAGCUGACAACCCAAGGGCAACUGCAGGCCGAGCAAAGUGCCUUCCAACGACGAAUGAAGGAGCGCGAUCAUCUGGCCCAGGAGCUGGCCGCUCAAAGCUGCUUCAAAGGAAUCGAGGGCCUUGACUCGGCAUCGACGCCUCAGUUCAUCCAACGGACCCGUGAAGCUUUAGAGACUCAAGAGCGCGCCCUUAAGGACUUGGAGACGGACGGAAGGGCCAAGGAAGAAGCACUUCGUUCGGCGAUACACGAUCACCGAACCGCGUGGUCCAUCAAAAUCGAAAGAAAAAACCUCACUCAUAAACAGCUGGAAGCUAGUCGCUCCAAACUUGAUACGGCGUCAAGCAGACUGAGGGCUGUGUCAGGUUCCGGCAGGGGGGCGGAGGAGAUUGCCGCUGCCCUGGCCAAAGAGGAAUCGAUGCUGUCAGCGGCUGGUCACUCAGAUCAGAUACAGGACCUCGAACAGGCCAUUGUCAAGCAGUCGCGUGAGCUCGCGGCCGAGGAAGCGAGGCUCCACCAGUUCGCCGACGAACUCACGAUGCUGAACAUGCAAUCCGACACGCGCGCCCGACUUGGUAUCAAGAAGAGCGAGCACAAGCGCAAGUCCGAUGCUCUUGAAAAGAUGUUCAAGCAGCUCUCGGGCGAAUACCAGCGACAGCUCGGCACGCCGGCCGACCCCAGCAGCAUGGAGCAGUCGGUCUUGGCAAUGAUUGCCACAACCGAGAAGGCAAUCAAGGAAAUGGAGCAGCAAGAGCAGGAGGAGCAGAAGCGAAUGACGGCGUGUCAAACCAAGCUCGGUAUCAUGAAAGGCAGCUACGAAAAGUCCAAGGGCGAACUGCGAGAUAAGGUGGCCCAGCUCAAGCAAGCCUGCGGCGAGAGCGACUACGCCACCGCCAUGGAGAAGGCCGAGAUUGAGUACCAGGACUAUCUUGAGGUCUCGUCGUCGAUGACGAGUGCAGCAAAGUUUUACGAGCAGUUUCUGGCUGUGUUCGAGUCCAAGAAACACUGUCCGCUGUGCGUCAGGCAGUUUGGCACCCGCGAGGAGGAAAAGAAGUUUACAUCCCGACUCAAAGCAGUCAUUCAAGCGGUUCCUGGCCAGGUCAAAGAUGCACAGGAGGAGCUAGCCAGUCUCGAGAAGCACCGCACGCAGCUGCUGAAUUUGCGUGGAGUUGCCGACGAGGUCGAGAAGCUCAAGAAAAGCGUGAUCCCGGAAUUGAGGAAAUCGAUCGGCGAGUGCGAAGAAGAGCUCGAAGCCUGUCGGUCAGACCACGACGAUGUUCUCGGCAAUUUGGGGCUCCUCGGUGUCGAGCACGACCAGCUGAUACUCCUGAAGACGAAAAUCGGAGAGCACACGCGGCUCAAGAGCGAACUUGCUGCUCUGGGCCAGGAGGUCGAUCGACUCUCCAAGGACCUUGAGGCUGGUGGUAGUGGGAAGACCAUGGACGAGCUCCAGCAGGAGCAAGAGGAGUGCUCGUCGCGAUGUAUGUGCCCAUCAGCCAGCUGCCGAGUUAUUCGAGAGCCACCUGCUCUAAUGCGCAUUUCCGCAACCUGCAGCAAGCAACUUCGCAAGAGCCUCGAACAAGCCAACGGGGACAUUCGCGCUAAGCAGCGAGAAAUCCAGUCGAAAGAAGUCCAUAUCCGCAAUCUGCGCGAGCGGCUCAAUGCGGAGCAGCUGAAAGAUGCAGAGAAGGCUCAACUCAUCAAGACUAUGGACGAGCUUCAGAAGGAGACGAGUGCUUUUAAUCGUGAAAUUGAGAACGCCGAGCGCGAGAUCAGCAGCAGUUCGCUCCAGAUCCGCGCGGCUGAGAAGGAGCUCUCAAGCUUCCGGAGUGACUUGGAGGCCAAAAAGAGCGUGCUUGUCAAGGACCUUGCGCAGCUCCGUGACGCUGUCAACCAAAUCCAAGCCAUCGAGCGGGAUAUCCAACGAUACGUCAAUUCCCGGGGCGACGAGCGGCUCCAGCGGUGCAUCAAGGAAGUCCGAGCCGUAGAAACCCAGAAGCGGAACAUCGAGACGCAAAUCGCUGGCCUGAGCAACGAGAUCGAGUCGGUCCUCAAGGUCAACAGCCAGAUCCAGGUUCUACAGCGCGGGAUCGAUGACAACCUGCGGUACCGCCAGAUGGAGCGGAAGAUCGAGCAGAUCAGCAGGAGUCUGGACACUGCAAAGGCCGAGCUGCAGCGACAGCAAGGCGCCGAGUUUGCCGCGGAUUACGCGCGGGUGAAGAAGAAGCACGAUCAACUGAUCAGCGAGCGAGCCACGCUUCUUGGCGAGCUGAAGCAACUGGAGGAACAAGAGCGGCAUCUUCUCGAGCAGCUUGACAGCGACUACAAGAACAUUGACGAAGAGUUCCACGAGGGCACAAUCAAGCUCAAGACCGAAGAGCUGGCCUACUACGAUCUGGAAAACGCAAUCAUGAAGUAUCAUUCAAUGAAGAUGGAGGAGAUCAACAAGACGAUCCGUGAGCUCUGGACCAAUACCUACCAAGGGGCGGACAUCGACACGAUUGAGAUCCGCUCUGACAACGAAGGCAUACGAGGCAACCAGUCCUAUAACUACAGAGUUGUCAUGAUCAAGAGCGACAUCGAACUCGAUAUGCGAGGACGGUGCAGCGCCGGACAGAAGGUCCUGGCAUCCUUGAUCAUCCGACUGGCUUUGGCCGAGUCGUUCUGCCUGAACUGCGGCAUUCUUGCCCUGGACGAACCCACGACGAACCUCGAUCGCGCCAACAUCGAGAGCCUGGCAGAGAGCCUGGUCAACAUCAUCAAGAUGCGGAGGCUCCAGUCCAACUUCCAGCUGAUCAUCAUCACCCAUGACGAGGAGUUUAUGCAGCUGCUGGGCAAAUCCGAGUUCUGCGACCAUUACUGGCGGGUGCUGAAGAACAGCGAGUAUCACAAUGUCCUGCUGAUGGACGGCUCGUUCGGCGACCUGCCCAUAUGUCUCGGCUACUCACACCUCUUCCUGCCCUCCCCUCGCUGUCUCCUUGGCUGCGUCAUCGACCGGAACAUUGAUUUCGCAUCGGUCCUGCAAUCCGGCGGACCCUUUCUUCGCAGCGGCUGCUCCGAAAUCCAUCGGCAGUCGAUCGUGUCCGAGUUUUGA